CGCAGCUCCCUCGUCCACGCGCGGCGCGGCGCUGCGGCAGGUGCCCCCGGCGCCCCGAGACGCCGUGGCCUGAGCGCGGCCGCCAUCGGUGACCCCGGCCACGGAUCGGCUCCAGCCCGGCCACUCCGCGUCUUGCAUCACCAUCUGUGUUUUGUAUUAAAUCAUGGGGAGGAAGCUGGAUCUGUCUGGUCUGACAGAUGAUGAAACGGAGCAUGUUCUCCAGGUGGUUCAGCGAGACUUCAAUCUUCGAAAAAAAGAGGAAGAACGGCUGAGCGAGAUGAAGCAGAAGCUGGCUGAGGAAGGCAGCAAGUGCAGCAUCCUCUCAAAGCACCAGAAGUUCGUGGAGCACUGCUGCAUGCGCUGCUGCUCGCCCUUCACCUUCCUGGUCAACACCAAGCGCAGAUGUGCCGACUGUAAGUUCAAUGUCUGCAAGAGCUGCUGCUCCUACCAGAAGCAUGAGAAGGUGUGGAUCUGCUGUGUCUGCCAGCAAGCCAGGCUUCUGAGGACCCAGUCUCUGGAAUGGUUCUACAACAACGUGAAGAGCCGCUUCAAACGCUUUGGCAGUGCCAAGGUCUUGAAGAACCUGUAUAGGAAACACCGAUUGGAAAGUGGAGCAUGCUUCGAUAUUCUAGGAGGAAACUUUUUCGAAGCAAACCUGGAGAAUGAAGGAAGUAUUUCGGGCAGUGAUUCAACAUUUUAUAGACAGUCGGAAGGACACAGCAUGAUGGAUACAUUGGCUGUUGCCCUGCGGGUGGCUGAAGAGGCCAUUGAGGAAGCAAUUUCCAAGGCAGAAGCCUAUGGGGACAGUCUGGACAAGCAGAACGAGGCCAGUUACCUUCGGGACCACAAGGAGGAGCUGACCGAGGAACUGGCCACCACUAUCCUGCAGAAGAUCAUAAGGAAACAGAAGAGCAAAGGCGAGCAGCCAAUGGAAGAAGAGCCAGAGUGGUCACAGCCCCAGAGCAGCAGCGCGGAGGCCGCUGACGAGGGGAUCAUGGCACCCCCAGGAGGCCCCCAAGCUCCCUCCACCCUCUGGAGGUCCCAGUCUUCGUUCUCACUCCCCAAAGAGGAUGCCCUGAAGACCCCUUCACUGGAAGCCGCCUCGAGGCCACCGAAGGGCCAGGGCCAGCCACCAAGGGAGGAGGCAGCCUUGCCCAGCUGGAAGAGCAUGGACAGGCUGGAUGAGACAAACGUGGCCGAGGUUUUGCAGAGCCCUGACGGGAACUGGCUGGCCCUGAAGGACGGUACUCUGCCACCCACCCGCCUGCUGGCCAAACCCAAGAGUGGCACAUUCCAGGCCCUGGAGGCAGCCUCCAGCGUGGCCUCUGCCUACGACGAGAUGGGCUCAGACAGUGAGGAGGACUUUGACUGGAGCGAAGCUUUGAGCACGCUGUGCCCAAGGCCCCGAGGCCGGCCCAGGAACCCCCAGCCUCAGCCCGCACAGGCCCAGGGCUCGGACCAAGGCCCCUCAGCUGCCUCCUCGGGGCUCUCCCCAAACCCCGAGGCCAUGUGCUCCGACUCAGAGACCUCCUCUGCAGGCUCCUCCCGGGAAGCUGGGCACCGGGCCAGACUGUCCUGGUUGCAGAGGAAGGCCCCCGGGGACCCUGAAGCCGAGAAGAUGCGCCUGCAGGGAGAGCUGGACGUGAACUUCAACCCGCAGGCAGCCAGCAGGGAGACCUCGGACAGCAGCGAGCCUGAGGAGGCCCCUCACACUGUGGACCGGAAGGCCAGGAGGUGGAGAAGGGCCCGGCUGGGCUCAGAGGAGCCAAGCAAGGAGUUGUCUUCUCCCAACGCCCAUUCCCAGGGGCUGGACGUACAGCAGGUGUCGGGUGAUUUGUCAGAGACGGACAUCGGCAGCGAGGCUCAGCACCCUCGGAGUGGUGUGACAGCCACAGAAGAGAAACUGAGAAACAGGCUGUACGAGUUAGCGAUGAAAAUGAGCGAGAAGGAAACUUCUUCAGGAGAAGAUCAGGAGUCAGAGCCCAAGACGGAGUCUGAGAACCACAAGGAAAGUCUGUCCUCUGAAGACAACAGCCAGGGCGUUCAGGAAGAGCUGAAGAAGAAGUAUUCUGCUGUUUCUCUCUGCAACAUCUCCACAGAAGUCCUAAAAGUCAUCAAUGCCACUGAGGAACUGAUAGCAGAGUCCGCAGGGCCCUGGGAGUUCCCACCUGUCCCUCCUGACAGAGAGAAGGGGACGUUUCCUCUUGGGACAGACCAAGUGAGGCUGGAUGAGCAGCUGACUUCCCUGGAAGAAAAUGUGUACCUGGCGGCAGGCACAGUGUAUGGACUGGAAGGCCAACUGAAUGAACUGGAGGAUGCUGCCCGUUGCAUCCAUAGUGGCACCAAUGAGACUGAACUGGCAGAUCUGGAGGACCAGGUGGCCACGGCUGCAGCCCAGGUUCACCAUGCUGAGCUCCAGACCCUGUCAGCAAAUCAGGUGGUGAGCAGCUUGCUGUCCCUGUCUCCCAAGGCCCGUCGAAUUUCUGAUAUUGAGAGCCGAAUUUCAGCCCUGACCAUUGCAGGAUUAAACAUAGCACCGUGUGUGCGCCUUACAAGAAAACGAGAUCAGAAGCAAAGGAACCAGGUACAAACCAUAGACACAUCAAGGCAGCAGAGGAGGAAACUGCCUGCCCCACCAGUGAAAGCUGAAAACAUUGAGGCAUCUUCAGUGACCACCAUGAAAACAUUUAACCGCAACUUCAUUCUCCAAGGCUCCUCAACAAACAGGACUAAUGAAAGAAAAAGCACCACCAAGGAUUUGAUGGAGCCCACUCUAGAGUCUGCUGUGAUGUAUUAGUGCCAUGGAACUCCACUGCCACUGACCCACUGCCUCUGGCCGUACACGACAGUGCCUUGACCCAACAGCCAUCGAAUACUGUACGGAUUUCCACCUGAGGAGAGGGCCUGGGGAGGCCAUGGUGCACCACUGCACAGGGCUGCCCUGAUACCUCACCCAGAAAGCAGUCCCGGACUUGUGCACUGUGGUUUGUCCACUCUCUGCCUUAGGCUCCCAGGGGAAUCCAAGACAGAAAACCGAGAGGCUGGCUUCCAACAGUAGAGCUCCGUGUUCAAAAGAUGCAUCUUUUCCCUGUUCGCUUUGCUACUGUCUGUUGUCUUUAAGAUCUUUUUCUUUCUUUCUUUCUUUCUUUUUCUUUUUUUUUUUUUUUUGAUCCCUCUGAUUCAACUAGAAGUACAUGUGAAGAGUUAUCUGUCCGAAGGAAAACUAUUGGGGGGGACGGAAGGAAGAGAGAUGGGUAUUAUCAUUUAAUUUAUCAUCAGUUCUUACUAAUCUCUCGCAAGCAUCUUUGUCCCACGGGUACUAAGGUAAAAAGUACAAAUGCCCCCUGUAGUCAACAUCCGGACUGUCCCAUUUGGGGAGCACACACCCAGCAAGGAUGAGGGUCUCCCUUCAGCCACUGCCUUCCUGGGAAGCUCCUACCCACCCACCCCCUACAACCAGUCAUUCCCAUCACUUUGCCAUCACAAGCCACAAAAUGGAAAGCUCUGACUCACCCAUGCCAUGUCCAGGUCUAUCAGAAAUAUGGUCUCAUUGAGAAUUCAGGAUUCUUUACUGAACCUAUUGGCAGUUUCCCCACUCUGAAGGGGAAAGGAGCUUGAGAAAGCCCAUCAUUGGCUUAACUUAGGGCACUGUCCAGAAUCCACAUGCAGUUUAGCAAUGACCACAUCUAAUGGGGUUUAGGUAAAUGGAUUCUUGCAGACAAUGACCACGUUGAAAAAAUGUUGUCCUCCAAAAUUUAUUUCCCAAUAAAUAUUCAGCAAAACAGUAGAAUGACCUUAAAGAUAACAAUGGUUAAAGAAUCGCCUUGAAAAACUUACAGGCAUGAAAAAAGCAAGGAUAAACUGAAUUUAAUGGACACAAGAGCCGACACAAGCUCCACAUUUGUGGCCUUGAAUGCAUGACUAUGUAGAGUGUGUGUGUAUAAAAGCAAAUGGAAUGGAACUUCACUCAAUGAAUUAAAUCUGUCCCUGAUACAUUCUGAAUCUAAGGAAGAGAGGAAAUGAGAGUCAAGGGGAUAGUUCGAUCAAAAUGUAUUAAAUGACUGCUUUCAGGGAGGUAAUUUCUUCUCAUUUUAAUCCUUAGAGCAACUCUCUUCAGUAGGUAUCCCCAUUUUUCAGAUUUGGAAACUAAGAGGGCCAGAGAGAUUAGUUUGCUAAAGUCACACCUUGAAGUUAAGUAUAAUCGGAAUGCUUCACAAAAGCCUCACAGUUUGUUUCAACUUCUAUAUUCUUUUGCUGCUAUGCACAUUCCCAGACCUGAUUUGCUGCUGAGAUGUGUGUUAUGAUCCCUUCCUGAUGGGGGUCUACCUAUCUUCCAGUGAUACUCCCUGCUGACGCUGUGUAUGUGUUAUCCAACAGAAAUGACUCCUUUGAAAUAAAGUCAGUCUUUGGCUUUUUGUUCUGUUGGUGUGACUCAAAGCAGACAAAUACAAAUUUUAAAAACACAACAAAAAAAGAUCUGAGUUCCAAAAAGAAUGUUUUCUUUAAGACGCAUGAAAAGCAACUAUUGUUGUGUUACAGUGUUAAAAUAUUCAGUUUCCUUUGACAAAAAUGUGUACUGUGUAAGCCUUGCAAAAAAAAAAAAAAAAAAAGAAGAAGCCUGCUCUAUGGCAUUUGAAAUUUUAUAAAGGUUUCCUUGUGCCAAAUAAGUGCAAAGAUUUAAUUUACUAUUAAAAACCAUAAGCAUAUGUUAUAGUUUCAGAAGAAUUAUUUUGUCAUCAAGUGAUUUUGAUCUUCAGUGUCAAUAUUUAUAUUUAGAUUAAUUUUUAUAAAUGAAAAUAUUUUAAUGGUUUAAGAAAAUGAGGACAAUAGGACCAUAUCUUUGAUGACUUCUGAAAGUUAUGCUUGCCUUCAUGUUAUCUGCACAUUGCCAAGAAUUACUGUCAAGAGAAAUGAUAAAGAAGUAAAAGUCAUUUAUGAAAAUAA